AUGCGCGCAGGAUGUCACGUAAAAUUACCGCAAGAAAUAAUGAAGAAGAAAGCGGUAAUAAACGUGCAAUUUAACGACAAUGCGUGUUUCGCAUGGUCUGUGGUUGCUGCUCUAUAUCCAGUUGAAAGAAAUUCAGAACGAGAAUCAUCGUAUCCACAUUAUACGGCAGUGCUGAAUCUCCAAGACAUUGAGUUUCCAGUGACUGUGAAUCAAAUUAAAAAAUUUGAACGUGCCAAUGAUAUCUCCAUAAAUGUAUAUUGUCUCGAGGAAACGAACAUUGUCCCGAUUCGACUGAGUGAGCUAAAGAGAGAUAAGCACGUCAACUUGUUUUACGUGCAAGAUCCACGGGACGACAACGUCGGACAUUUUACGUGGAUCAGGAAUUUAUCCCGGCUCGUGAGCUCGCAAUUGAGCAAACAUAAUAGUCAAAAAUACAUUUGCGAUCGAUGUUUACACUACUUUGAAUUCGACAACAAGUUGCAGUCGCAUACGGUGGACUAUAGAGAAAUGAACGAGUGCGCUAUCCGUUUACUGAACGAGAAAGAGUGGCUCAGCUUCGACAAUUAUAACAAAAAGGAGCGGCUUCCAUUCAUUGUUUACGCUGAUUUGGAGUGCGUGCUAAAGAAGACCAACAGUGAUCCGACGACGUCUAUGUACACAUUUCAACAUCACGAAGUAUUUAGCGUUGGAUACUACAUGCAGUGUUCGUAUGACGAAACAUUAUCCGCGUGUCGCUCUUAUCGCGGCGUCAAUUGUAUCGCGUGGUUCGCCGACGAACUCGAAAAAUUAGCGCACCGUGUAAAAAAUAUAAUAUCCACGAAUGUCCCUAUGGUCCUUAUGCAGGAUAUGGAAUCCAGGUAG